GUACCUUCGACUUGACGGUUGACUGCAAAGCUGUUACCCCUUGCGCUUCGACUGGUGCUGCCAAGGCCACCAAACCUCUCAACAAGAAGCAGAGAAUGUUGGCGAGGCUUUCAGGCGACGAGGAUUCACUGGGUCACCAGUGGGUCAAGGGAGCCGAGGGCUCCACCAACAUGACCAUGAAGUGUGCAAUUUGUGGAUUGUACUUGCAGCAAAUCAACGAUCUGCCCAGCUUCGAUCGCCUUAUGCAUCACCCGUGUAAGGGUCGAGGCGACCCUUUGCAGCAAUGGAAUAUUCACAGCUCGCAUGACAUGAUCAACAUGGGAGUGCAGUG